GGGCCCGCCCCUGAAGCUUGAGGAGAGAGUUUCCUAGCGAUUGUUGUUGUGAGCGGCGGCGGCGGAGAUGGAGCGGGCGAGUUUGGCGCGGGUCGGGGUCUUGCUGCUGCUCUUGGCGGGGGCGCCGGCGCUGCUUGGCGGACGGGAGCUCCAGUUCGGGGCGGGGAGGCUGCGGGCCCGGCGGGGGGCCCAGGAGGGCCGGCCUGAGGCGGAAUGCGGCCCGCGGGACGGAGGCUUCUCCUUGGAGGCGCUGAGCAACAACACCCACAAGCGCAUCUUUAAUGACCUCAGUGGCUCAGUAUCCCUCUCUUGGAUUGGAGACAGUACUGGGGUUAUUCUUGUGUUGACCACAUUCCAGGUACCACUGCUAAUUGUUACUGUUGGACAGUCUAAACUCUAUCGAAGUGAAGACUAUGGGAAAACUUUCAUGGACAUCACGGAUCUUAUUAACAACACUUUCAUCAGAACAGAGUUUGGAAUGGCUAUUGGACCUGAGAAUUCAGGAAAGGUUAUAUUGACAGGGGACAGAUCUGGAUCAGAACAUACAGGCCGAAUCUUCAGAUCAUCUGAUUUUGCAAAAAACUUUGUACUGACAGAUCUCCCUUUUCAUCCUUUGACACAAAUAAUGUAUCACCCUGAGAAUUCUGAUUUGUUGUUAGCCCUCAGUACUGAGGGCAGCCUGUGGAUAUCCAAGAAUUUUGGUGAAAUAUGGAAAGAAAUCCACAAAGAUGUUUGCCUGGCCAAAUGGGGCCCAGGCAUAACCAUCUUCUUUACCACAUACUUGAAUGGCUCUUGUAAAGCUGACCUUGGGUUACUGGAGUUGAAGAGAACCAAAGAUUUUGGGAAGACAUUCAAGACAAUAGGAAACAAAAUUUAUUCCUUUGGCCUGGGUGGACGCUUCCUCUUUGCAUCUGUCAUGACAGAAAAGGGUAAUACAAGGCGAAUCCACGUAUCACUGGAUCAAGGUGAAACCUGGAACAUGGCCCAGCUUCCUUCAGUGGGACAAGAGCAGUUUUACUCAAUCUUGGCAGCUAAUGAUGACAUGGUGUUUAUGCAUGUUGAUGAACCUGGAGAUACCGGACAUGGAACAAUCUACACCUCUGAUGAUCAAGGCAUCAUUUAUUCCAAAUCCCUAGAACGACACCUUUACACAACCACUGGAGGAGAGACCGAUUUCACCAAUGUGACCUCCUUGCGAGGCAUCUACAUCACAAGUGUGCUUUCAGAAGAUAAUUCCAUUCAGUCGGUGAUUACCUUUGAUGAAGGAGGAGAGUGGGUUCACUUAAAAAAACCUGAAAAUGCAAAGUGUGAUUCAACAGCCAAAAAUAAGGAGAAGUGCAGCCUUCACAUCCAUGCAUCUUACAGCAUCUCACAGAAGCUGAACGUACCAAUGCCACCUCUGUCGGAACCUAAUGCUGUUGGCAUCAUCAUUGCUCAUGGAAGUGUUGGAGAUGCCAUUUCAAUAACAAACCCAGAUGUUUACAUUUCGGAUGAUGGUGGCUACACCUGGGCACAGAUGCUGAAAGGACCCCACCAUUAUGCCAUCUUGGAUUCUGGGGGCAUUAUCGUGGCUGUUGAGCAUACACAUCAUCCUAUCAAAACGAUUAAGUUCUCAACAGAUGAAGGGCAGUGCUGGCACAACUAUGUUUUCUGUAAUGAUCCAAUAACAUUUACUGGAUUGGCAUCAGAACCGGGAGCAAAAUCAAUGAAUGUUAGUAUCUGGGGAUUUCAAGAGAGCUUCCUGUCCCGCCAGUGGAUCUCCUAUACUAUUGAUUUUAAUGAUCUGCUCAGCAGAGACUGUGAGGAGAAGGAUUAUACAAAGUGGCUGGCUCACUCCAGUGAUCCCAGUAACCCUGCAGAUGGGUGCAUCCUGGGUUAUAAGGAGGAAUAUUUACGGCUUCGCAAGUUCUCUGUCUGUCAGAAUGGCCGAGACUACAAAGUGACCAAGCAGCCGUCUGUCUGCACUUGCACGUUAGAUGAUUUCCUUUGUGAUUUUGGCUACUUCCGCCCAGAAAACCAGUCUGAAUGUGCAGAGCAACCAGAACUGAAGGGUCAUGACCUGGAGUUUUGUCUAUAUGGAAAGAAAGAAAGAUUAAAGACCAAGGGAUAUCGUAAGAUUCCAGGAGACAAAUGUGUUGGUGGGGAAAAUCCCACCCGUGAAGAGACUGAUUUGAAAAAAAAAUGUACAAGCAACUACUUGAACUCAAGCCAGUUGUCUACAUCUUCCAACUCCACUCCAGUCAUCCUGGCUGUAAUAGGUUUGAUGCUUACUACUGCUGUAGCUGGAGUCGUCGUCAUUAAGAAAUAUGUUUGUGGGGGAAGGUUUCUAGUUCAUCGAUACUCUGUCCUGCAGCAGCAUGCAGAAGCUAAUGGCUUUGAUGGACCUGAUGCCCCAGAUGCCAGCAAAACUGGUUACCAUGAUGAUUCGGAUGAGGACCUCCUGGAAUAGCGAUGCACAGACUUUUAUAGAAUUGGAUACAUAGGGGUUUGGAUGCUGCUACAGAAGGGUACGAAUGCUGACAGCCCAUUUAACUCCCAGUCUCGAUGCCUGUCUCAUGUCUGAGGGAUUCUGUGUUCCUAUUGCUUCAUCAAAUUAUCCAAAACCCACAAAGCUGCAAGACCUGCAUUGGGGGUUAGGGUGGGGAAGAAGUCUGUAGCUCUGAGUAAAGAGGAAGAAAAUUUCUUUAAAAAAAAAA